CUUGCAUGUCUAAAAAUCGGAGUUUAUAAAGAGCACUUGAAUGCAUCAUGCAUUCCCCGCUGGUCAGUCAGCUCCUGUGCUGUAAACAGACGGUAGAGACGUAGCUCAACCUGUUGGAUCCGACCAGAACCCGGACAGACUCCUAAAAGCACGAUGCACUGAAUGAGCAUCAUCAGACUUUGGGUUCACAAGGGAGGGACCACAACCACUGUAAUUUCUCCAAAGUCAGACAACAAGGUCCUCUCCUGUGCCCAUGAUGACCACCGCCCUCGAGGACGGUGACAUGCACACCUUCGGCACGGAGCUGCCCGCCAUGUUUGAUGGCGUGAUGCUGGCAGCAGUGGCAACUGUCCUCUACGUCAUUGUCCGCUGUCUGAACCUGAAGAGUCCCACGGCAGCACCAGAGAUCACCUACCAGGACACACCACUAAGCCGCUACCUGCUCAAAUCCUGCCCGAUGCUGACCAAAGAGUACAUUCCUCCAUUGCUGUGGGGUAAGAGUGGUCAUCUCCAGACGGUCCUGUAUGGCAAGAUGGGACGUGUCAACACUCCAACGCCCUGCGGGGUCCGCAAGUUCCUCCCAAUGCAGGACGGGGCCACAGCGACCUUUGACCUAUUUGAAGCACUUGAAGACCACAGUACAGGAGAUGACAUUACCAUGGUAAUCUGCCCUGGGAUCGGUAACCAUAGCGAGAAGAACUACAUUCGGACCUUUGUGGAUCACUCCCAGCGUCAGGGUUACCGCUGUGCUGUCCUCAACCACCUGGGAGCCCUACCCAACAUGGAGCUCACCUCGCCGCGCAUGUUCACCUACGGUUGUACCUGGGAGUUUGCGGCCAUGGUGGGCUACAUCAAACAAGCUUUUCCCGAGACGAUGCUGGUGGUUGUGGGCUUCAGUCUAGGGGGAAACAUCGUCUGUAAGUUCCUGGGUGAGAACAGACUGAACCAGGACCGAGUGCUUUGCUGUGUCACCGUCUGUCAGGGUUACAGCGCCCUCAGGGCCCAGGAAACAUUCCUUCAGUGGGAUCAGUGCCGGAGGCUCUACAACUUUGUGUUGGCGGACAAAAUGAAGAAGCUCAUCCUGUCACACAGGAGCAGUUUGAUUGGAAUGAACUCCAGCAACAUUGGUGACGCAGACAUGAGCAGACUGUUCGCAGCCACAUCUCUGAUGCAAAUCGAUGACAGCAUCAUGAGAAAAUUUCACGGCUACAGUUCCUUGAAGGAGUACUAUGAGAAGGAGAGCUGUGUGCACUACAUCCACAAUGUCACUGUUCCUCUCCUCCUGGUAAACUCCUCAGAUGACCCACUGAUUCAUCAGUCACUACUGGCUAUUCCACGCACACUCGCAGAAAAGAUGCCCAAUGUGAUGUUUGCCCUGACUCAACAUGGAGGCCACCUUGGCUUCUUUGAGGGAGCCGUGCUGUUCCCUCAGCCCCUCACCUGGAUGGACAAGGUCAUAGUCGAUUACACCAACGCCAUCUGCCACUGGGAGAAGACCCGGCCGGCCUGCCAGAGGAGCAGGCACCAGGACAUGAACUCCUGCCUGCAGAGCAGAAGGGUAACACUCAGUGGGUAACAUACAUAGAUGUCUCGAGACAAAAUAAUAGACCAAAAACUACAAAAACACAUACUCAGCCUUCUGUAUGUGCUCUACUUCAGUACUAAUGGCCUUACAGUUCAGUAAGUAAUUCUGGGAAAUGUAGGAAAUCACAAAAUGGAUUAGAAAAGGCAGGCCAAGUACAAGUGGGUACACCAGGUUGUAAAUUGAAACUCACAUAAGAUAAUAAUACUGGAAAAUGUAAUAUGACCCCAUGGUAAAUAGUUCCUUCCUCUUGUUCUCGGUUAACCUCCAGUGUAACAUGAGUUCACCCUCUGCUGGUUUUUGGCAGCUGCUGCUUCUUGAGUCUGGACAGUAGGGUGAUAGAGCAGGGUGACCUUUGACGUGCGUGUAGAAAGAAAAGUGUAUUUUUCUACAUGAAUUACUACUGAAAACGUUCCUAGAUACUCAAAUAUUCAUAAAUCGGCUUACAUACAAAUUAAACAUCUAGUAUAAAUUAAAUCAUUAUAAAAACUGGAAAAUGAUCAGUGUAAAGGACACAUUGUCUGAAGCCUUAAAACCAUAACCAUAAUAUAUUUAAAAAUAUACCUGAUGACCCACAUCAGUUAUAUAUUGAAGAGUAUUAUGGUUACCUAUUUGAAAAAUCUUUCAGAAGUUCACGACCAGAUUGAAGUGCCUUAAUAUAAAUGUGAAUCUGCAACAGAUUUGGUUUCUGGCUUCUCAUGAGCUACCUCUGAAAGCAGCAGUAUAACAUGAUUUAUGGUUUACAGUGGUGAUUUCCAGCUGUUGUUAAGGCUCAACAUAACAUCUCUCCUGUUCAUUCAAACUGUGCUUCUAAUUUCCUUAAUAUGAUUUAAUGUGAUCUUGUUUGUUUCCAUCAAAGGGGUUUAAGGGUUAUAAAAACACAGACAGAAAUUGUUAUCUUUGAUUUAAUGACGUUUUUCGAACACUCCUUUCUGUGUUGUUGAAUGGAAAUAUGGGCACUUUAUACAAAGUAGUGUUAACAUUGUACUCCACACAUUGUACUGAUCCAGGUCAGCUUGUCCCAUUCCAUGUAUUGCUCCACAGUACCUUAAAACCAGCAGGUAACACCGGUUAUUACUAUAAUGCGUCCACUGCCAUAGCAUGAGGAUGGUCAGGCAGUUUAAUUCCGUAAAUGCUGCUGUUAACUCUGGUUAUUACCACAGAAAAGGUCAUUUUAGAAUUGUACAAUCCAGGACACUAGGUACUGAAAACCUAUACAUGACUGAAGGGCUUUUCAGGAGAGAGCUGGGUCAAACUGUGUUUCUAAACACUUUCAACAGAAAGGAGAGAAGAGAUUGUGUAAAUGGGACACAAAUAUAACAGUAAGUGUAUUAAAUAAGAAAUCCAGUUGUGGACUCUCAAUUUAUGCACUUACCAAACAAAUGGACCAAAGGACUUUUCACUUUUCAAUAAAAAGUAGGUCAACUUUUGGCCUGCCUAAAAAAGGCGCACAGCUUUGGCUCAAAAGCAGUAGAAGUCUCAUAUUAGACAUUACUUUGAACAAGAUCUAAUUAAUAUGUUUCAUAAGUGACCAAAGUUUUGGGGGGUUUGUUUUAAGCUGCUUAUUGCUACAUACUGUACUGGAUGGGUGGAGUUUGCCACAUAAAACAAAUAAAUAAAUACAGUGAACAGAGGAGUAAAGACAGUGAAAAUGUGUGUUACAUUAAAACACAGAAGAUAUGAAAAACACACAAAACGUACCUCAUGAUACAGUGCAUUUUUGUUUUCUGUGGUUUAUUCUGGGCCUUUUUCCAUUUCUAAGUGCCUAUGAUGUGAAUGUAUGAUAUUAGUCACAGUUUCCUGUGAGUAACAUCCUGUCAGACUCUGUAAAUGCAGUGGACUCCACCCAAGCUCAUGCCUGUCUUAUUAAUCAACAUUUCAACCAUCAGAUUUAAUGAACUUUAAUUAUCUAUCUGCCCUUUAAAAGCUGAAUAUAACCUGCAACAGCACCACUACUGUCUGUAUGUGCAAUAUGUCCUGACAGUUUGAGAUAUGGACUCUUUUGCCUGCACUUUACUGCCUUGACAGCUUCUAUUGUUCUUUUUGGCACUAUAAUAUGUGUCAGCAUUCAUAAUGUGUUUUGUUCUGAUGUGGUGCACAGCCAUGACUUUUUAGUCAUAUUUGAACUCACCGAUUAAUAAAUAUUUUUCACAUAGA